AAAACAUCAUGUCGUAGCUAUCGUCUUAAAAGACAUUGCCCCACGUUCUGUGGACAAUAUUAUAUUCAACACAAUCCGACUUUCUGGACAAGUGCCAGGCUACCCGAAUAAACUGGUGGCGAGCAACGACGCUAGAACCCUGUCCCUCCAGCAUGUCCUCGACUCCCAAGGGCGGCAGCGCGUCUAAGAACACACCACCGCUGCGACCUGUGAAGCCGACGAGUUCAAAAGUCGCCUCAAAAGAUGCCAGACUUCGUUCUAUCUCUGCCCCGCCGCUAAAUCUCCCCCUCAUCUCCAUCGAAGACGUGACCCAGCCUCUUACCUAUGCAGAAUCUUCCCACGCCGGCACACCCCCGCAUUCCAAACCACCCACUCGACAUGUAACAGACGAAUGGUCAGGCGCGGGAAGGGUUGUCGGCCAAGAUGAAUAUCGUAAGCCUAGUCGUGAAUCGGUAAAUCCCAGCAGAAGCCAUUCGUCGGCAUGGAAGCACCACAAGCGGAGUCCGAAUGUAGGCUGGAAGAAGAGAUGGGACAUGCACCAUGAUCCAUUUCGCGACGGACGCGUUCUCAUUGUAGAUUGCUACAGUCGCGAAUUCAGCGACGAUGGCAAGCGCAAGACGGAGGCGUAUGAACUUGCCAGUAUCAACGAAUUGAAAGAGUUCUACGGUAGCAAAAAGGGGAAAGGUGACGGGCAAUGCCUGCGCAUUGUUCACGUUCAAAAUGCUAUAUGGGCCCGCGAUUUUCUUCUUAAGAAAUUCAACAUUAGCUCCAAGGUCGAGGAUGUGGUCGGCACCUCAUUUGGCAAAUGGGUGCAAUUCGAUAAACCCCAGCUGCGAGCUGGCAAGCCCGUGCUUAAUGCGAAGAGUUUUCGUUGUAUCAAGGACCCAUGGCGCGGCGUUAGCAGAACGGGGUUCGUUGUUGACUACCUAAAGAGCUUCAAGCCAGGUGUCAUCAAGGAUUCAGCAACGCAGGGCUUCAAGCUUAUGGGAUUGAACCACUGGGAUCAGGAAACUGGUACCACGAUAGAGCAUGGAUAUGAUGUGUAUGUCCAAAGACUGAGCGUUUACAUUCAGAGAAAUGAAGGGAAAAUCGACCUGCAUCCUUUCGAUACCGAGUUACGGAACCCGUAUAUUGAUCUAGCCUUUGAAACCGUGCAGCAGAGAGCGAGGAAGGAACGUAGCAUCCAGAUGGUUGACAGCACAAACAUAAACGCUCGGAGCGAUUUUGAUCACGACUUUGACUCGGCAAUUCCGAAAAUGGCAAACAUGCACGUGCCGAAUGACUGGGAGGCCAAAGUCUUUGAGAAACUCACUGAGCUUGACAACGGAAACACGAUCAUCGUUUUUGAAAGUAGCCACACAGGAAACCUUGGUGAUACUUUAAUUCAGGCGCGUGAAGAAAUUGAGGUCCGCUGGCGUAGACUCAUGCUGUAUCUGAACAAAGAGGAGCAAACCGAAGACAGAUUGGCAAUGGAAUGCAUGGAUCUUGUUCUGCGUGACAUUUUUGCCGGCCUUCGCAUACGCUGGGAGAAGACUUUAAACAAGUGCGAGGCUCACGUCAGCAUCCUGGAGGACAAGAUAUACGAAAAUCCGGCGGACGAGUCGCGUGCUCCAGAACUGUGGAGCAAUAGUGCGCUAUGGCUCAAACUCGAGAAGCUAAUCAGCCUCCAUAUAGUCACGAUAAACGAUCUUCAGCAGCAGAUGCGUGAUCUAUCGGAAUCCGAAGACUUCGUCAAGGACGAUUGGCUUAAAGAUACACCAUCUGAUCUCACCCGGGUCGCGACGCUUUUCGACGAGGAGAUGGUCAAACCCACUACUAAUUUGUCUGACCUACUGUACAAAAGCGUUGGGAUUCGCGACAGCAGGCAUUCGCUGCAGCUGGGAACGUCCAUGUGGCGUCUUUCUUGGAUCACCUUCAUCUUUCUCCCUCUCACUUUCAUGGUCGGUUUCUUCGGCAUGAAUGUUGAUGUCUUCCAACCGGGGAAUGGCCAUUUCCCCAGUUUAAAAUGGUAUUUUGUAGCAUCGAUACCCUUGAUGAUCAUCAUAAUUCUGCUGUACAUGUUUAUCAAGUCCGCCAUCUCUACAAGCAUUUCUCACGACUUACCCAUGCAGCGCGGUGUUUAUGAGCAGAUCUACAACGAGUUUGCUGAAGCACAUCCGCGUUUGUGGAGUCGUGCUGGACCUCGCACGUUUGUCCAGCCCACAGGUAUCAUUGUGAGAUUGAAAUGGAGCCUUAUCAAACGCUGGUUCCAUCCUAGCUCUACAAUUGCUCGGGAGUCAUACACCAAGAUAGACGAGCUCGGACUUUGGGCAAGGAUUAAGCGAUCUGUAGCGAUGCAUUGGCUUACGGACAUCGAAGCUGCUUCCGGCAUUGGCAUGGACGAAGAGCUCGGCACGGACGGCGAAGGCGAGUUUUCCACCGUGCGCGAGCUUCUCCAAACCUCAAUGCCAAUAGCCAUGGCGGAAGCAUGGCCAGGUAUAGGCGAUCCGCCCUCUACUCCACCACUGUUGGAACGGAUUUUGUCGAGGCGCAGUCGAAGCUCCAGUGGUUCACGAUCAUCGGUGUGCAGAAUAUCAAGCCCUGGCAGUGCAAUGGUUAUUGAGGAAGAAAAGAACGACGAGGAAAUUACUGGUGCAAAAACUAGCAUAGUCGAAGGAAAGAUGACCACAGCUAAUGUUGAACCUUCUGCAAUGGUGGGCACAUCUGCACAUGCUGAAAAGAGCACGAUGGGUGAUUCUAGCCACGCAUCGUCCGGGCUGUUAGAUGUGCCAUUUACUGUGAAGAGAAGCUUUGAGCGCGCUCCUGAAAAAGCUGGCACGCAGGUUAAACCUACUUAUUGAAUUGGCAAAUAUCCUAUUAUUUUUCGGGAACUGCUCUAAGUCUUUUUGAUACUGUAGAUUUACAUGGUAAAUAGUUAUAGCUCAUACUACUCUUGCUACUAGAUGAAGUAGGGAUUACUUCUUUAAUGAGAGUUUAGGCUACAAUUAAGUGCUAAGAUGAAGCUG